AUGUCGAAUCCCCUGGAUACAGAUGCCGGAUCUGAGAUGUUCAGCAGCUACGAGACGGAGCUGAAGCUUGUUCAAGCCGAUCUAAACCAAAAGUUAGACCAGAUCGCAGAGUCGAGCGGAGAGCAACGGAAAACAGCCAUAAGACAAGCAGACCGGGCUCUAGACGAGGCAACAGAGCUGCUUGACCAAAUGCGCAUGGAGAAACAGAAUAUUCCGUCCGCGGCACGGUCCAAAGUAAACGUUCGUUUCCGCAACUAUUCGAGCGAUAUCGAUGAAGCGAAGCGUAAGCUCAAGGCUCUCUCCGACGACCGCAAGGCGCUUUUUGGAGAUCGUUACACCGACGACCCACAAGAUGAGCAUCUCGAGCAGAGACAGCAGCUUCUUUCUGGGACGGAUCGCCUGGAGCGCAGCUCUGCCCGGUUGCAAGAAAGCCAGAGGAUCGCAUUAGAAACCGAAGAUAUUGGUCGUAGCACACUCGCUGAUUUGCAGGUGCAGCGGGAGACCAUUCAACAUACCCACGGGAUGCUGCAGCAGAGUGAAGGAUAUGUUGAUACAAGUAUCAAGACCUUGCGAGGAAUGGCCCGUAGGAUGGCUACGAAUCGGAUAAUCACGAUUGCUAUUAUCACCGUUCUAAUUCUUUUGAUUUUUGCAGUCAUCUACAGCAAGUUCAGUUGA